UUGUCGCAGAUUCUGAGGAGGGUCACUUCCUUGCUGGCUGCCACCAGAAGAGUCCGCUUCUCAGCGACUCCUGGGGACUGGAUGCAGUAGAGGGUAGCCGGGCAGCAUGAUCCUGCUAGCCGUGCUUUUCCUUUGCUUCUUUUCCUCGUAUUCUGCUUCUGUUAAAGGUCACACAACUGGUCUCUCAUUAAAUAAUGAGAGACUCUACAAGCUCACAUACUCCACUGAAGUGUUUCUUGACGGGAGCAAAGGGAAACUGCAGGACAGCGUGGGCUACAGGAUCUCAUCUGAUGUGGACGUCGUGUUGCUGUGGAGGAAUCCUGAUGGUGACGAUGACCAACUGAUCCAAGUCACGAUAACGGCUGUCAAUGUUGAAAAUGUCAAUCAGCAGAGAGGAGAGAAGAGUGUCUUCAAAGACAAAACCACAGCUAAAAUCAUAGGAAAGGACAACCUGGAGGCUCUGCAGAGGCCCAUACUUCUCCAUCUCGUCCGGGGCAAGGUCAAAGAGUUCUACUCAUAUGAAAAUGAGCCAGUGGGCAUAGAAAAUCUCAAGAGAGGCUUGGCUAGCUUAUUCCAGAUGCAGUUAAGCUCUGGAACCACCAACGAGGUAGAUAUCUCUGGGGAUUGUAAAGUGACCUACCAGGCUCAGCAAGACAAAGUGGUGAAAAUUAAGGCCCUGGAGACAUGCAAAAUCGAGAGGUCUGGAUUUACAACGGCCAAUCAGGUGUUGGGUGUCAGUUCAAAGGCCACAUCUGUCACCACCUAUAAGAUAGAGGACAGUUUUGUCACAGCUGUGCUUGCAGAAGAGACAAGGACUUUUGCCUUGAAUUUCCUACAGACCAUAGGAGGGAAAAUAAUGUCAAAGCAGAAACUGGAGCUGAAGACAACUGAAGCGGGCCCAAGGAUGGUACCCGGGAAGCAAGUUGCAGCUGUAAUUAAAGCAGUUGAUUCGAAGUACAAGGCCAUUCCUAUUGUGGGACAGGUCGUCCAGCGUGUCUGUAAAGGAUGCCCUUCACUGGCGGAGCACUGGCAGUCUAUCCGAAGGAACCUGGAACCAGACAAUCUGUCCAACGCCGAGGCUGUCCGAAGCUUCCUGGCCUUCAUUCAGCACCUCAGGACUGCGAGGCGGGAAGAGAUCCUCCAGAUUCUGAAGGCAGAGAAGAAGGAAGUGCUACCUCAGUUGGUGGAUGCUGUCACCUCUGCUCAGACUCCAGACUCAUUGGAAGCCAUCCUGGACUUUUUGGAUUUCAAAAGCAGCAGCAGCAUCAUUCUCCAGGAGAGGUUCCUCUAUGCCUGCGGAUUUGCCUCUCAUCCUGAUGAGGAACUCCUGCAUGCCCUCCUUAGUAAGUUCAAAGGUUCCUUCGCGAGCAACGACAUCAGAGAAUCGGUUAUGAUCAUCAUUGGAGCCCUUGUCAGGAAGCUGUGCCAGAAUGAAGGCUGCAAGCUCAAAGCAGUGGUUGAAGCUAAGAAGCUAAUUCUGGGAGGACUUGAAAAACCAGAGAAGAAAGAGGACACCAUGAUGUACCUGCUGGCUCUGAAGAACGCCUUGCUUCCCGAAGGUAUCCCGCUCCUUCUGAAGUAUGCCGAGGCUGGAGAAGGGCCCAUCAGCCACCUGGCUACCACUGUUCUCCAGAGAUACGAUGUCGCCUUCAUCACGGAUGAGGUAAAGAAGACCUUGAACAGGAUAUACCACCAGAACCGUAAGGUGCAUGAAAAGACUGUGCGCACAGCUGCCGCUGCCGUCAUCUUAGAGAACAACCCAUCUUACAUGGAUGUGAAGAACAUUCUGCUGUCUAUUGGGGAACUUCCCAAAGAAAUGAAUAAAUACAUGCUCACUGUUGUGCAAGACAUCCUGCAUUUCGAAAUGCCCGCGAGCAAGAUGAUCCGCCGAGUUCUCAGGGAGAUGGUCGCUCACAAUUAUGACCGUUUCUCCAAGAGUGGAUCGUCUUCCGCCUACACUGGCUACAUAGACCGUAGUCCCCAUGCGGCCUCCACAUACAGCCUUGACAUCCUUUACUCUGGUUCUGGCAUCCUGAGGAGAAGCAACCUGAACGUCUUCCAGUACAUCGGAAAGGCGAAUCUGCACGGUAGUCAGGUGGUCAUCGAAGCCCAAGGGCUGGAAGGCUUAAUCGCAGCCACUCCUGACGAAGGCGAGGAAAACCUUGACUCUUAUGCUGGCAUGUCCGCCAUCCUCUUUGAUGUUCAGCUCAGACCCAUCACAUUUUUCAAUGGAUAUAGUGAUUUGAUGUCCAAAAUGCUCUCAGCAUCUGGCGACCCUGUCAGUGUGGUGAAAGGGCUUAUUCUGCUAAUAGACCAUUCUCAGGAUAUUCAGCUGCAAUCUGGACUGAAGGCUAAUGUGGAGAUCCAGGGUGGUCUAGCUAUUGAUAUUUCAGGCUCGAUGGAAUUCAGUCUGUGGUAUCGAGAGUCCAAAACCCGAGUGAAAAAUCGGGUGGCUGUCGUAAUGACCAGUGACAUCACAGUGGACUCUUCUUUUGUGAAAGCUGGACUGGAGAGCAGAGCCGAGACAGAGGCGGGCCUGGAGUUCAUCUCCACAGUGCAGUUCUCACAGUACCCGUUCUUAGUCUGCAUGCAGAUGGACAGGGCUGAAGCGCCAUUCAGGCAAUUUGAGACGAAGUAUGAAAGGCUGUCCACAGGUAGGGGCUAUGUCUCUCGGAGAAGAAAAGAGAACCUGGUGGCCGGAUGUGAACUCCCGCUCCAUCAAGAGAACUCUGAGAUGUGCAACGUGGUCUUCCCCCCUCAGCCAGAGAGUGAUAAUUCCGGUGGAUGGUUUUGAUAAGCGAGGGGCUUCCCUUGGAUCCGUCCCAGCGAGAGCGAUCAGCCUUGAAGUACCUGACCCUUGCUCUCCGAGAGCACAGUGUUUACAUAUUUACCUGUAUUUAAAAUGUUUGUAAAGAGCGGUGGAGAACUUCAGUUGAUUAAAUUUGAGCCCCACAGUGUCACUCUGAGUCACCAUAUGACACUUGCAAGAACGUGCCUACUUUUUGUACUUUGCAAAAGUCCUAAUGAGUACAGUGAAUCUACUUUUGCUCUAAGAAGAAACUAGUGUUUGCAUAAAAACAAAGGCAAAAAGAAAGCAGAACAAACAAAAAGCAAAACAAGACCCACACCAUAAAGGCUUAGGUGAAUGUGAGUUU